CUCCAAAGAUAGGCUACUGGGCCAAUCGGAACCCACGAAACACCUUCUCCAUCCCUGUGCCAGGACUGUGGAAGUAGGCUCACUCUCUCCUGCUGAUGCUGCAGCUCUUGGAAUGCCAGGAGGGGAACCGCCUAAGGAAGAUGCUGAGAGAAGCGAGAGGGAGGGAUACAGACCAGGCCCAGAUGCGUUUGCGUUGAAUCUGAAGUCGAACAUUGACAUCACCAAUUUCAGCAGCAGCUGGAGCGAUGGCCUGGCCUUCUGUGCUCUGCUCCACACCUACCUGCCUGCCCACAUCCCCUACCAGGAGCUGAACAGUCAGGAGAAACGCGGACCCUGGGGCAACUUCGCUGCGGUGGCCAAGCCAGGAGCGGCCAAGCGAUGGCGGCACAGGGGCGGGAACUGGCCUGCACCCCUGAACAGAGCAAGCCGAGGAGCAGGUGCGCCUGCGGCUCUGUGAGGCGUCAUUCAUGACAGGCAGGCUGGGCGCUGCCACCCCGAGCCCUCCCAGGGAGGACCCGCCAGCCCAGGCCGGCGCCAGAGCUGCAGCGCCACCUGAAGACCAAGGAAUUUUUUCUGGGAGGCUGGAGCUUCAGGUGCAGUGACGUCACAGGUGCGCAGGUGCACCUGUGUGUAACGGACGGGCUUGGCCUUACCCGCGAGGCUUGGCGGUGAUCGCUUGGCUUGGCGGUGAUCGUUUGGCUUGGCGGUGGUCGCUUGGCUUGGCGGUGGUCACUUGGCUUGGCGGUGAUCGCUUGGCGGUGCUUGGCUUGGCGGUGGUCGCUGGGCUUGGUGUGGCAGUGAUCGCCUGGCUUGGCAUUUCUGGCUUGGCGGUGCUCCUUUCACAGAUUGGAAACCGCGGGCUUUCCUGCCGGGAGGUUGUGGCCCAGGCAGUAGC